GAAUAUUUGGUCGCGUGGAUAAACCAAGGCAAUAUAACAUCUGGAAAACGUUUGUUUCUCUAAUGAAACUAGUUUUUGUAUACCAAGUCAACGUGGAUGUGCCGUUUUCAGACUGGCUCUUUUAAUUGAUGAAGAUUAGUUGGCCGUCCAAGAAGAAGCCAUGCAACGCCACACAGAUGGCCUAGUCCACCAAAAGGAGCUUUGGAUGGAAUCGAGGCCUUCUUUUUCACCAUGGCUGCAAAACAAGCUGGACUCAGAUGGAGAAACCUUGAGUGGGGAAGCAGAUGGUGUGCCAAGUCUGGAAAAAUGCCCAAGUCUCACUAAAAGACCCUCAAACAACAAUCGAAUGCUCCCGAUUAAAAAACGCCGAAGCCUACGAAAAAGUCUGGUCAAAUACAUAUGCCAGCAGCAACAGCAGCCACUGGAAGAGGACGAUGACUCUUCGCUGAGUGAUUUGGAAAAGAAAUAUUACCAUUAUAUUCAAAAUGGCAUCAACUUAGAAAAUCUUACUCCUCUGCAAGAUUCUUGGGUGAAGAACAUCAUGGGGAAGGUACCUGGUCACCUGAAGAACCAGAACGAAACACUUUGCCUGCUGCUUGAUGAAGUCAGGGAUGACUACUUGCUCAGCAUCAAGACUGCAAUCUUGAAAUACACAUUUGGUGAUCCUGUGGAAACCGACGAGGAUUCGUUAAAAGAUCUUCCUCCUCACAGAAAAGAGUUGGUGCAAGUGCCCAAAGAAUGGAAAGAUUCCUUCAAGCUUUCGAGAAAAAAGAUGAACAACUGGCUGCACUCUUUCAACCCCACAAUGCAGCAGGUCCUUAAUCUGUGGAACACUACUUACAGGGAUUUGCGUCUGAUCGAUAUCGCUGAACUCCGGAGCGGAACUGAGCCCAUGGAGUUGUCGGCGUUUCAACAAAACGCCAACGGUCAAAUUGGGAAUGUCAGAGGGACCCUUCUCAACAAAUGGCUUCCUGAAGUGCACAACAUUUUUUAUCACGGGAGUCGGCGUAAACUGGUGCCACCGCAAAGCCAAAUGGACAAGCUGCAGUCUUUCUUUAACUGUGCCGCUACACUAAUGUCUAUCCAGCUGCAGAACCUGGUCUUAGACUCCAUGAGUGACUACACCAAGUUCAUUUGUCCAAAUCCAGGCACAGAGCAGGCCUUCGAGGAGUCAGUGUUUGUGCUGUUUCUGAUCCUGGAUGAUCGGCAGAUCACGUUAGAGCCGGACCUCAAAUCCUUUGAAGACAUUCUGCUCAAUGUCUACGAGUUCAUGCUCAGGUCGGUCACCAUGUUGCCACGUGUGGAAACCAAACUCUAUGCAGAAUGGUUGAGUUCCUCCGGGGAGACCCUCAAACCGGUGAUCUUACCAGAGAUCAUCCAGGUCCAGGCGGAGGAGGUUCGCAAGGUUGUCAUCUCAGAGUACGUAAAGCCCACAGCGCACAUUCACGAGUACGACAAGUACACCACAUUGGUGAACAAGGAGGCGGAGGAAGCCAUGGAGCGUUUCCUGGGGGAAGAGCACACCUUCCAAGAGCUUCUUGAGGAGGUGAUCAACUACCAGCAACUGAUUGACUGUAUUCAGUACACGUCACGGAAGGUAGUCAACCUCGGCAUGUUCGAGGUCCAGUCCCACAAGCUCAUUCAGUCCCUGGUAAAGCGUGCUAAAGACCUCCAGCAAAAGCUGGUUACACAGAUGCUCCAAGGUCAUCAAGACAUUAACACAACGUUAUGCAAUGAAUUUCAAAAGAUCGCAGAGAGGGCACUGAGCACGCCACCGGACACACAUUCACUGAUGGAGUUGAAGGCCUUUGUCAAUAAAGUGAAGACCACUGAACUCCCGCAGCUGGAGAAGAGAUUGGCGAGCUCCAACACGCAGCUGUGUUCUCUCAUCGACUUUGUCUCGCUCUCUUCGGCCGACAUGGAGCUCAACAGAAACACCAUCCAGUGGCUCAGACGCCUGCCCACCAUCUUUGAGGAACACGACCAGAUCGUCUCAGAAAAGACAACACAAUAUCAGAACAGCCUCGAGAUAAUCCGCGAGCACUUUGAGGAGGAAUUGGAGAAUUAUAGCGUCCAAGUGGAGGAGUUUACGUCCUUCGGCGACCUAGAAGAUCUCGGCAAAUACCUCAAAAAGGCUCAGGCUCUCAAUUCCAAAUUGGAGGCUGCUAUUGAAAGGAUCAAUGAAUUCAACCUGGAAGAGGAAGCGUUUGAAUGGCCUGCCUCCCAAUAUCCUCUCCGCAAAAAGACCCAAGACAAGCUCACCCCCUUCCUGCGCUUAUAUGAAACCGCAAACGAUUUCCUGACCAAUCAGAAGCAAUGGCUUUAUGGACCACUGUCGGGGGUCAACCCAGACAAGAUAGAAGGAGAAGUCUGCAACUACUGGCGUUCUUUGUAUAAACUUGAGAAAGGCUUCGGGGAUGUGCCCAAUGCUCUGGGCUUAGCCACCAUCAUGAAGGACAAAGUGGAGGUCUUCAAGAAGGAUGUCCCCAUGAUUCAGGUACUCUGUAACCCAGGCCUGCGACCACGUCACUGGGAUAUUCUGAGUGAAAUCUCCGGCAAACCUCUCAACACGGCAGACGAAGAGUCCGCCCGCAUGUUCUACUUCCUGUCACUGGAAAUGGACGAGUACCUCCCUGACUUUGAAAUCAUCAGCGAGUCGGCCAGCAAGGAGUACUCCCUGGAGAAGGCCUUGGAGAAGAUGACAGGCGAGUGGGGGGAAAUGACCUUCAAGCUUCUGCCUUACCGCGAGACGGGAACCACCAUCCUGUCGUCGGUGGACGAGAUACAGAUGCUGCUGGACGACCACAUUGUCAAGACGCAGACGAUGAAAGGCUCACCCUACAUCAAGCCUUUCGAGGUGGAGAUACGAGAUUGGGAGGGGACUCUACUGCUCCUGCAGGAGAUCCUGGACGAGUGGCUAAAGGUACAGUCCACGUGGCUCUACCUGGAGCCCAUCUUCAGCUCACCUGACAUCAUGGCUCAGAUGCCCGAAGAGGGACGCCGCUUCACAAACGUCGACAAAACCUGGAAGGACACCAUGAAGCAAGUCGCCACGGACAAACGUGUGCUUGUUGUGAUUCAAAUCAGUCAAAUGCUAGACCGACAAAAGAAGUCCAACGAGCAUCUGGAAAUGAUCCUCAAGGGGCUCAACAACUAUCUGGAGAAGAAGCGUCUCUACUUUCCUCGCUUUUUCUUCCUGUCCAACGAGGAGCUGCUUGAAAUCCUCUCCGAGACCAAAGACCCGACAAGGGUGCAACCUUUCUUGAAAAAGUGCUUCGAGGGCAUUGCUCGUGUUACGUUCACUGAAGACCUCGACAUUACACACAUGAAGAGCAGCGAGGGCGAAGAAGUCCAGCUCGUUGACAUCAUAUGCACACCUAACGCCCGUGGCCAGGUUGAAAAAUGGCUCCUGGAACUGGAGACCGACAUGAUUGCCUCUUUGCACAAGGUAGUCGGAGAAGCUAUCGUCGCGUACCCAAAAGCCUUGAGGAUAGACUGGGUGCGCGCAUGGCCCGGUCAGGCGGUACUGUGUGUCUCACAGGUCUACUGGACAAAGGAUAUCCAUGACGCCAUCAAAUCAGGACAAAAGGCCCUGGAUGCCUACCUGGAUCAAAACAACCGGCAGAUUGAUGACAUUGUGGAGCUGGUGCGAGGCAAGCUGUCCAAACAGAACCGAGUCACCCUUGGAGCCCUGGUGGUACUGGAUGUCCAUGCUCGUGACGUGCUGGCCUUGCUGGUGCAAAAGGGUAUAAGUGACGAACAUGACUUUUUGUGGCAAAGCCAGCUGCGCUACUAUUGGAUUGAUGACAACCUUCAGACAAAGAUGAUCAAUGCAGGUUUGCCAUAUGGUUAUGAGUACCUGGGCAAUACAUUGCGUCUGGUCAUUACACCAUUGACUGAUCGCUGCUACCGCACCUUGUUUGGUGCCCUCCAUCUCCAUUUGGGUGGAGCACCAGAGGGCCCUGCAGGCACAGGAAAAACCGAAACCACCAAAGACUUGGCCAAGGCUGUGGCCAAGCAGUGCGUGGUAUUCAACUGUUCGGACGGUCUCGACUAUAUUGCCCUCGGAAAGUUCUUCAAAGGCCUUUUGUCCUGUGGAGCCUGGGCGUGCUUCGACGAGUUUAACAGAAUCGAUUUGGAGGUGUUGUCCGUGGUGGCUCAGCAGAUCCUCACGAUUCAGAGAGGAAUUGCCGCUCACGCUAAGCUGCUGAUGUUUGAAGGAACGGAACUGACCCUUGACCCAUCCUGUGCUGUGUUUAUCACAAUGAAUCCUGGUUACGCCGGACGUUCCGAGCUCCCUGACAACCUUAAGGCGCUGUUCAGGACUGUGGCUAUGAUGGUGCCGGACUACGCAUUGAUCGCGGAGAUUGUGCUCUACUCGUGCGGCUUCGUGACAGCUCGUCCCCUCUCGGUGAAAAUCGUGGCGACUUACCGUUUGUGCUCAGAGCAGCUCUCCAUGCAGCACCACUAUGACUACGGGAUGAGGGCCGUCAAGUCCGUACUGACUGCCGCCGGCAACCUCAAGCUUGCCUUUCCAAACGAGAACGAAGACGUUCUGCUACUGAGAUCCAUUAUUGAUGUGAAUCUGCCAAAGUUUCUGGCCCAAGACCUGCAACUGUUUGGGGGUAUUACAUCUGACCUUUUCCCUGGCGUCACACUCCCCAAACGAGACUACAGCACGUUACUAGACGCCGUCAAGGAAAACUGUGCCAUCAUGAACCUUCAAGUCACCGACUUCUUCAUCGAAAAGAUCUUGCAAGUGUUCGAGAUGAUGAUCGUGCGCCACGGAUUCAUGCUGGUGGGCGAACCCUUCGGCGGGAAGACGUGCGCCUACCGUGUGCUCUCGGCGGCCCUUCACGACGUUUGCGUCAAGGGUCUGAUGGACGAAAACGAAGUGCAAAUCACAGUCAUCAAUCCCAAAUCCAUCACCAUGGGACAGCUUUACGGCCAAUUCGACCCGGUUUCCCACGAAUGGUCUGAUGGUAUCCUUGCUGUCAGCUACAGAAACUUUGCUUCUUCACAGACGCCCGACAGAAAGUGGCUGAUAUUCGACGGCCCUGUGGAUGCCGUUUGGAUCGAGAACAUGAACACAGUCUUGGACGACAACAAGAAGCUGUGUCUGAUGAGUGGUGAGAUCAUUCAAAUGUCCCCCCAGAUGAGUCUCAUCUUUGAACCAAUGGACUUGGAAGUGGCGUCACCAGCUACUGUAUCCCGUUGUGGAAUGAUAUACAUGGAACCACACAUGCUGGGCUGGCAGCCUCUUAUGCUGUCCUGGUUCAAUUUACUGCCCGCCACGGUGACCUCGGCCCACAAAGAGCUCAUUCAAGGCCUUUUCGAACGUGUGCUGCCUGCCUGCCUGGAGCUCAUCCGCAAAGCCACCACGGAAUUGUCGCCUACCUCUGACAGUAAUCUGGUCAAGGCUUUGAUGAAUUUAAUGGACUGCAUGAUGGGAGAGUUUCACGACCCAGCCGUAAUGAAGCGCAUGAACGACAACGACGUCUGCUCUUGGUUGGAGGGCAUCUUCGUUUUCUGCCUGAUUUGGUCAGUGGGUGCAAGCUGCAACGACGCUGGGCGCCUCAAAUUCGACCACAUGGUCCGGGAGGUAUUAAGCGGUCCGCUAAGUGAGGAGACGCGCAACUCUCAUGCAAUCCUUACCACGGUGGGGCCGCCUCCAAAGCAGCUGACGGUGCCGCUGCCCACUGAAGACACCGUGUAUCAGUACCGCUUCAUAAAAGAGGGCCAGGGUAGAUGGGAACCGUGGACGGAUGAGCUGAAGAGCGCCCCACCCCUCUCCAAGGACAUGCAGUUCAACGAGAUCAUCGUGCCCACAGAGAACACGGUGCGCUACAUGGCGCUCAUGAGGCUCCUGGUCACCAACCAGAAGCCCACUAUUUUCAUCGGUCCCACCGGGACUGGCAAGAGUGUCUAUAUCACUGACUUCCUACUGAAUCAUGUUGACAAGGAGGUGUACAACCCAAUGUUUAUCAACUUCUCAGCCCAGACAACAGCUGCCCAGACUCAGAAUAUCAUCAUGUCCAAGCUGGACAAACGGCGCAAAGGUGUCUUUGGUCCUCCUAUGGGGCAGAAAAUGGUGGUAUUCGUGGAUGAUGUGAACAUGCCGGCUAGGGAGGUGUAUGGUGCGCAACCCCCCGUGGAGCUGCUGCGCCAAUGGUUGGACCACUGGAACUGGUACGACCUCAAGGACUGUUCCAUGAUUAAACUGGUGGAUAUUCAGGUCAUGUGCGCCAUGGGUCCGCCUGGCGGCGGACGAAACCCGGUGACACCGCGGUACCUGCGCCACUUUAACAUGCUAACCAUUAAUGAUUUUGACGAGAAGACUAUGUAUACCAUAUUCUCCAGGAUCAUACAUUGGCAUUUUACCAUACGGUUUUCUUUCCCUAAGCCGUUUGCAUCCCUAACUGUUCAGAUUGUGAAAGGCACCAUGUCCGUUUACAAGGAAGCCACUAAAAAUCUCCUGCCUACCCCACAAAAGUCCCACUACUUGUUCAACCUACGGGACAUUUCCCGUGUCAUCCAGGGCAUCUGUUUGUCACGACCCGAAACAGCAGAGGAGCCAGCCACCAUUAAACGGCUUUGGGUACAUGAGGUCUUGAGGGUGUACUAUGAUCGUCUGGUCCAAGACUCGGAUCGCUCGUGGCUGGUGAGCCAUCUGCAUGAGGUGUUCAAGGUUCAUAUGGAGGUGGACUUCAACAAGCUCUUCCAGAAUCUGGAUCUGGACCAGGACGGUGUGGUGACUGAGGACGACCUGCGCAGCCUGAUGUUCUGUGAUUUCCACGACCCUAAGGGGGACGACCGCAGCUACCGUGAAGUGCUGGAUCUUGACCAGCUGCGCCAAGUGGUUGAAUCCCACCUGGACGAGUACAACACCAUCAGCAAAGCGCCCAUGAACCUUGUGUUGUUCCGCUUCGCCAUUGAGCAUGUCUCCCGCAUCUCCCGCAUCCUCAAGCAGCCCAGCGGACAUGCUCUCUUAGUGGGCGUGGGUGGCAGUGGGCGGCAGUCUCUGACCCGCUUGGCGGCGCACAUGGCCGAGGCAGAGCUCUUCCAGGUGGAGAUCUCCAAGACCUACGGCAUGGUGGAGUGGCAUGACGACCUCAAGCUCAUCAUGACCAGGUCUACGUCGGGCGAAGCUCAUGGCGUCUUCCUCUUCACGGACACUCAGAUCAAAAUGGAGUCCUUCCUAGAGGAUAUCGGCAACUUGCUGAACACCGGCGAGGUGCCUAACCUGUUUGCCGUAGAUGAGAAGCAAGAAGUGAUUGAGAAAAUGCGAGUGUUGGAUCGCCAGCGUGAACGCGAUAAGCAGACGGAUGGCAGUAACUUGGCACUCUUCAACAUGUUUAUAGAGCGUUGCCGCUCGCAAAUGCACGUCGUUUUGGCCAUGAGUCCUAUCGGAGACGCCUUUAGGAACCGGCUCAGACGCUUCCCGGCACUCAUCAACUGCUGUACUAUUAACUGGUUCCAGACGUGGCCCGAGGACGCUCUCCAGGCUGUGGCCUGUCGCUUCCUGGAAGAUGUAGAGAUGUCGGAUGAGCACCGAAUGGGUUGCAUUGACAUGUGCAAGACUUUUCACACUUCCACCAUUCAGAUGUCUUCUCGCUUCAUGGAAGAACUGCAGCGCCACAACUACGUCACCCCCACAUCCUACCUGGAACUCAUCUCUACCUUCAAGACUUUACUGAACGCCAAACGAGCUGAAGUAAUGACGCAGAAAAAUCGAUAUGUGGUGGGUCUGGAGAAAUUAGAGUCUGCGUCAUCCCAGGUGGCCACUAUGCAAGUGGAGCUGGAGGCGCUGCAGCCCCAGCUGAUUGAGACAUGCAAAAAGGUGGACGAGAUGGUAGUCCAGGUGGAGCGUGAGUCGGCCGAGGCGGCCGAGACAGAAAAAGUGGUGAAGAUGGACGAGGCCGUCACCAACGAGCAGGCCAUGGCUGCCAAAGCCAUUAAAGACGAGUGCGACGCUGACUUGGCUGUCACUAUGCCCAUUUUGGAGGCGGCUCUUUCCGCGCUGGACACGCUCACGCAAAAUGAUAUCACUUUGGUCAAGUCCAUGAAAAGUCCCCCCAGUGGCGUCAAGCUGGUCAUGGAGGCCAUCUGCAUUCUGAAAAAGAUUAAGGCGGAUCGUGUUACAGACCCUGGUAGUGGCAAAAAAGUUGAAGACUACUGGGGUCCUGCCAAAAAGCUCCUGGGAGACCUCAAAUUCCUCCAGAGCUUGCGCGAGUUUGACAAGGACAACAUCCCCGUCAGCGUCAUGGCCGUCAUCAGAGAAAGGUACAUUAGCAACCCAGACUUCGUACCAGAGAAGAUUCGGACGGCGUCCACCGCCGCUGAGGGCCUGUGCAAAUGGGUUUGCGCCAUGGACAAGUAUGAUGGUGUGGCUAAGGUGGUUGCUCCCAAGAAGGAGAAGUUGGCGCAGGCCCAGUCGGAACUGGAGGUGGCCAUGACGGUCUUGCAGAAGAAGCAAGCUGCCCUCAAAGAAGUGCAGGAUCAAGUGGCCAAACUAAAUCAGAUUCUGGAGUCCAACAAAAAGAAGAAAGUUGAACUGGAGAACCAGGUGGAUUUGUGCAAAAAGAAACUAGAGCGCGCCACGCAACUGAUUGGCGGCCUCGGCGGCGAGAAGACACGCUGGAACGAAAUGGCCCGCAUGCUUGGAAUUCUCUACGAAAACUUGACAGGGGAUAUCCUCAUCUCAGCAGGCAUCGUGGCUUACUUAGGAGCGUUCACUUCCAGCUUCAGACUGGAGCAGAUCAGUGAGUGGUCAAGCAGUUGUAAAGAGAAGGAAAUUCCCUCCUCAUCCAGCAUUACUCUCACGGCUUCCCUGGGUGAGCAGGUCAAAAUUCGGGCUUGGACCAUCGCAGGCCUGCCGACAGACGGCUUUUCCAUCGAUAAUGGCAUCAUUAUCUCAAACGCCAGGCGUUGGCCUCUGAUGAUCGAUCCCCAGGGCCAGGCCAACAAAUGGAUCAAAAACAUGGAGAAGGUGAACAACCUGGCAGUCAUUAAAUUGAGUGAUCCCGGCUUCGUUCGCACCCUGGAGAACUGCAUUCAGUUUGGAACACCAGUUCUGUUGGAGAAUGUUGGUGAAGAGUUGGACCCUAUCCUGGAGCCUCUGCUGCUCAGACAGACUUUCAAACAGGGUGGCGCCAUAUGUAUCCGUCUUGGCGACAGUACUUUUGAAUACGCGCCCAACUUCCGCUUUUAUAUCACCACCAAGCUACGUAACCCUCACUACCUGCCCGAGACCUCCGUCAAGGUGACCCUGCUUAACUUCAUGAUAACCCCAGAGGGAAUUCAGGACCAGCUGUUGGGCAUCGUAGUGGCUCGGGAGAGGCCCGACCUUGAGGAAGAGAAACAGGCUCUUAUCCUUCAAGGAGCUGAGAAUAAAAGGCAACUGAAAGAAAUUGAGGACAAAAUUCUCCAGGUGCUCUCAUCAUCUGAGGGCAACAUAUUAGAGGACGAAACAGCUGUGACCAUUCUCUCGCAGUCCAAAGUGCUGGCCAAUGAAAUUACAGAAAAACAGGCGGUGGCUGAGGUGACGGAAGUUAAGAUCGACGAGACCCGCCUGGGCUACAAACCCAUCGCCAUUCACUCGGCCAUUCUCUUCUUCGCCAUCGCUGACCUGGCCAACAUUGAGCCCAUGUACCAGUAUUCCCUCACCUGGUUCAUUAACCUCUUCAUCAACUCCAUAGACAACUCUGACAAGAGCGAUGAUCUGGAUGAGAGGUUGAAUAUCUUGAGAGAUCACUUCACAUACUCACUCUAUGUCAACGUAUGUCGAUCGCUUUUUGAGAAAGACAAGCUGCUCUUCUCCUUUUGCCUCUGUGUCAGUCUGCUGAUGCACAACAAGAUGGUGAAUGAAGAAGACUGGCACUUCCUGUUGACGGGGGGUGUUGGUCUUGACAACCCAUACUCCAACCCUUGCACGUGGCUCCCCAAGAAGUCAUGGGAUGAACUUUGCCGCCUGGACGCCAUGGAGCAAUUUAAAGGCUUGCGAAGGGACAUGGCUCAAAAUAGGAAUAGCUGGAAAGAGGUCUAUGACAGUCCGGAACCCCAUCAAACUCCCCUCCCAAAUGAAUGGCAGGAGAAGCUGACUCAGUUUCAAAGGAUGCUGGUGAUCCGAUGUCUCCGGCCAGAUAAGAUCAUUCCAAUGGUCCAGGAGUUUGUUUCCGACAGUCUGGGUCGCCGUUUCAUUGAAGCACCGCCCUUCAACCUGGGAAACGCCUUCGGUGAUAGCCACUGCUGCGCCCCACUUAUCUUCAUCCUGUCUCCAGGCUCGGACCCAAUGGCAGCUCUGCUCAAGUUUGGACAUGAAAAGGGCUUCACAGGGGACAGGCUGACCUCGCUUUCCUUGGGUCAAGGCCAGGGUCCGAUUGCCAUGAAAAUGAUCGAGACAGGUGUCGCAGACGGCACCUGGGUGGUUUUGCAGAACUGUCACUUGGCCACGUCGUGGAUGUCCACUUUGGAAAGAGUCUGCGAGGAGCUGAACCCAGAAUCCACGCACCCUGAAUUCCGCCUGUGGCUCACCAGCUACCCGUCGCCCACCUUCCCGGUAGCCGUGCUCCAGAACGGUGUCAAGAUGACCAACGAAGCUCCCAAAGGGUUAAGGCCCAAUAUCGUUCGCUGCUUCUUAAUGGACCCUAUCUCGGACCCCAAUUGGUUUGACGCGUCCAGCAAGCCGGCUGUGUUCAAGAAACUCCUCUAUGGCUUGUGUUUCUUCCACGCACUCACCCAGGAGAGGAGAAAAUUUGGACCACUGGGGUGGAACAUUCCUUACGAGUUCAAUGAAACCGACCUUCGGAUCUCUGUGCAGCAGUUGCAGAUGUUCCUUGAACAACAUCAGGAAGUGCCGUUCGACGCGCUGCGUUACAUGACAGGCGAGUGUAACUACGGCGGCCGUGUGACGGACGAUUGGGACAGGCGGACGCUGCGCACGAUCCUCGCCAUCUUCUAUCACCAGAAGCUCGUUGAAGACCCCGACUACAAGUUUGACCCCAGCGGGCUCUACUAUGCGCCAGCUGAAGGAGAUUACGAGAGUUACAUUGAAUACACGAAAUCACUGCCGCUCAACCCCUCGCCGGAAAUCUUUGGCAUGAAUGCCAAUGCCGACAUCACCAAGGACCAGGCUGAGACGCAACUUCUGUUUGAUAGCAUCUUGCUGACGCAGUCCCGCUCGUCGGGGGGCGACGCCAAGUCGUCAGAUGACAUGGUGUUCGACGUGGCCGCCGACAUCCUCAGCAAGCUGCCGGCGGACUACGACUUGGAACUUGUCAUGCUUCACUUCCCCACCAGCUACAACGAGAGUAUGAACACUGUCCUGGUGCAGGAGAUGGGCCGCUUCAACAACCUGCUGUGUAUCAUACGCGACUCUUGUAUAGACCUUCAGAAAGCCAUCAAGGGCCUUGUGGUGAUGUCGUCUGAACUGGAGGAGGUGGUGAGCAGCAUCUUGAAGGGUAGAAUCCCGGGUAUGUGGAUGAAAAGGUCAUACCCUAGCCUCAAACCGCUUGGGAGCUACAUCAACGACUUCCUGGAGCGACUACUGUUCUUGCAGGAAUGGUUCGAUCAAGGCACCCCUGCCGUGUUCUGGGUGUCGGGCUUCUUCUUCACGCAGGCCUUCCUCACAGGAAGCCAGCAAAACUAUGCCAGGAAGCACACCGUCCCCAUUGACUUGCUGGGUUUUGAUUUUGAGGUCCUUGAAGACAUCAAGUACAAGCGACCGCCGGAUGACGGCGUGUACAUCCGUGGUCUAUUCCUCGAUGGCGCACGCUGGGACAGGAAGACCAAACUUUUGGCCGAGUCAUACCCAAAAGUGCUACACGACACCAUGCCUGUGAUGUGGCUGAAGCCGAUCAAACGUUUGGACAUCCCCGAACGGAUGUGCUACCUGUCGCCUGUCUACAAGACCAGCGAGCGGCGAGGCACGCUGUCCACCACCGGCCACUCCACCAACUACGUCAUCGCCAUGACGCUCAGCUCAGAUGUGGAUGCCGAACACUGGAUCAGGAGGGGUGUCGCGCUCCUUUGCCAGCUCAGCUCCUAAAAGGUCACAUUUUUAGUUUUGUCACAAGAAUGACUUGACAUUUUUUUCUGUUAUCUUGAAUGUCGGACAUUUUUUUUUUUUUUUUUUUUUUGUAAUCAAGUGUGCGGGACAAAGCCACAAAAUGAGAUCAUUUCCGAAAGGCAAUUUCAAUUGCGUAGUUCCUAUUAGGGGUGUGACAAUAUAUCGAAAUGGUGAUAUAUCGCGACACUCUAUCCCAAAAGGUUAUCAAUAUGCUCCUGCCAACAAUCGAAAUACAGGUUGUCCCCCUGUUAUGACGUACUUGACUUCUCCAGUCGUUUUUUUGUUUGUUUGUUUGUUUGUUUUUAGUUGCAUAAGGACCUUUUGU